UAAUAAGUAUUUUGGAAAGGAUGUUUAGUUUUUAGGUAGCAAACAAAUUAUCUUUUUUUGUUUCUAAAUUUUAUUUUGUCAACAAUCCUUGCUAAAAGGUUGUUCAAAUUUAAUGUAAUAAUAGGAUAAAUAAAAUGAGUUAAAUUAAAAUUACAAUAGAAUUUUAACAGCAUCUCAAUAUUUGCAAAAUGUAAAAUCAUUUAAAAAAUUUGCUUUAAACAAAAUUCCUACCAAACGUGUGGUAAUGAAGCAGACAAUCCUUAAAGUUUCAAUGAAACAAUCCUCCAGAUUCAAAUUACGAAGAGAAAUAAAGAGGAAGCAAGCAAAAGGACAGAGAAAGAGAAGAGCGCAAGGGGAAGAGGAAGAGCCCCGUUUCUGUUCCUUUUCGAUUUGUCUCCCCUGCCACAGCCCACGGGAUGGUAUGUUUUCUUGAUUUGUAUUCAUCUUUCUUUGGUUUAUUGAGGGUUGGUUUCGCCGGCUAAGAUUCUCCCUCUAGUCGAUCGAUUUUGCUUUUUGAUCUUUGUUUGUUCAGUUUUUUCAGAGCUGUGGAUGCUUUGGUUGAGAGUUCUUACCACAUCUGAUGGUGUGCUUCAGGUAGAAGUUUCCUACUACACUUGAAGGAUAUGUAGUUUGCAUGGAUUGGUGGUGGUCCUUAGGAGAAUUGAGGCCACUCUUCUGAGAUUGGCUUCCCUUAAGGCCAUAAAGAUGUCGAUGUCUCCUUCAUUGCACCCUAUCGCCGAUGCAUUGUUGAUUCAGGGUUUCUGAGGUUUACAUCCAUAGUUGCCUGCGCGUUUCUUAUGGUUUUGUAAGCUUGUUAUGCUGUGGUCUUUGUCCCAGCGGUGGUGGCUUGUGAGCUGAUUGGUGGCAGUGCUUGGUUACAGUGGCGAUGCUAGUUGUUGGAAUGUGGCUACUGGAGCUGGGUUUUAUGGGUCUGAAGACAUGGCUGUGGAAGAGAGAUUUACUGUGGUGUUGACAUAUGAAAACAAAACUGAUUCUUUAUAUAAUGUCCCUAUUGCAAGGUAUUCGUACAUAUCCUUGUUGUCUGAUAUUUAUAAGUUGUUUAACAUAGCUGCAUCGUUUGUUACGUUUGUUACUGGUAGUGGGAUGAGUGUAGAAAAUGAUGAUGAUUUAAUGUUGGCUUUUGAGUUGUACAAACGUAGUCAUAAAUUGCCUUUGACUGUACACGUAAAGGGGGUCUCUUUGAACACUGAGAUGUCUGAUGAUGACGAUGUUUGUAUUAUUGGUGAGAGCAGUAAUACUGGUGAGGGCAGUAACCUUGGUGAGGGUGGUAAUACUGUUGAGGAUAUUAACCUUGAUGAUGCCUUAGGUAGAAACACUCCCCCAUUAAGUAGGGAUGGGUCCACAAGAGGUAGGGGCAGGAGUAUGCCAUUAAGAGGAAAGGGAGGAAGAAUCAGUUUUACUAGAGGUAGAGGGAUAAGACAGGAAAGUGUUAGUGAAAGUGGGCAGUUAGGGGGAGGGGCCAAUGAAUCACCACAAAUUGAUUCUGAAAGUGAUGUAUCAUUCAAUGAAAGUGAGGUUGGAGAUGAUUUACCUGAAGAAGUUGUAUUUGACAAUGAGAUUAGUACUGAGGAGUCAGAUGGUUUAUCAGGUUAUGCUAGUGACAAUGACAAAGAGAUUGAAGAUAGUGAGAAUGAGUUUUACGAUCCAAAGAAUAGAAAGAAAAAAUAUAUUGAUCCUUAUCAUGGCAUGUAUGAUCAUCCCUUCCAACACAAUGAAGGGGAAGAGAUUUUGUUUAAAGAGGGCCAAGUUUUUAAGGACAUUGUAACUUUGAGGAAUGCGAUGAGGGAUUAUGCUAUUAAGGGGAGAUAUGAUAUUACAAGAGUUAAAAAUGACUACUAGAUUAACAGCUAAGUUUUCCAGUGCAGGAUGUCCCUGGAGGUUUCAUGCAUCAGUUUUGUCUGACUAAGUCACUUUCAUGGUUAAGACUUUGCAUGAUGAGCACACAUGCAUAAGACCAUUAAGAAAUGAAAAUUUGAAUUCAAACACUAAGUGGAUAGUAGAAAAACUUAGGGGAAAGCUGAGGGCAGACCCUGACAUGAGUUAUGAAAUCAUGCAGCAUGAGUUGAUGGAAAAAUGGGGUGUGGAAGUUCCUGUGUGGCAAUUAUAUAGAGCUAAGUGCAAGGCUAGAGAUGAGAAUAUAGGCAUGCAUUGUGAAAGUUUCAAAAAACUUAAGAAAUAUGUCCAUUAUUUGCAAACAUAUAACCCGGGUACAGUUGUAAAAAUUUAGCCAGCUCCAAGGGCUAAUGAAGAUGAUCCUUUUGUUUUUCAAAGAAUAUGGAUUAUGUUUGAUGCUAUAAAGUCUGGGUUUGAGAAUGGUUGUAGACCCUUUAUAAAUUAGAUGGUUGUCACUUGAAGGGUCCAUAUGGAGGGAUUUUCUUAGUUGCAGUCAUACUGGAUGGAAAUAGAGGUGUGCUACCUCUUGCAUUUUCUAUAGUUGAAGUAGGAUGUGGUGAUAGCUGGACAUUUUUCCUAGAAAAUCUUUAUUCUUGCAUUGGUGGAGGAACUGAUAAUAGGCCUUUAACUAUUAUGUCAGAUAGGCAAAAGGGACUCAUUGAUGCUGUCAAAAAUAUAUUUUCCAAUGCAUCUCAUAGAGUUUGUUGCAGGCAUUUAUACAUGAAUUUCAAGAAAGAGUUCCCUGGACUCAUGCUCAGAGAUGAUUUUUGGAAUGCUGCAAAGAGUACUCAUUCUUAUGAGUUUUGGCUUCACAUGAAGAAUUUGAAGCCCAAGCGAGAUCAAAAGCCAUAUGACUGGUUGAUCAACAUACCCUUUAGUCAAUGGACUAGACAUGCAUUCUGGCCUGAAGCUAAGUGUGACAAUUACACUAACAACAUGACCGAAUCAUUCAAUGCAUAGAUAGUGAAAUUGAGAGGUUUGCCUAUUAUCAAUAUUAUUGAAUCUAUUAGGCAGAAAUGUAUGGUUAGGUUGCAUAGAAGAUUUGGUAAACCUCAAAGAUGGGAAGAGAUAGUUACACCAAGAACAAAGAAAGUAUUGAAUAAAAUCAUUACUGCCAGUAGGUUUCUUAAGUUGCUCCCUAGUAGAAAUGAAGAGUAUGAGGUUCAUGAGGGUCCAUGUAGGUUUGCUGCUAGUUUAGCUAAAAGAACAUGCAGUUGUGGAUGGUGGGAUAUAAGUGGUUUACCAUGCAAGCAUGCUGCUAGAGCAAUUGCAUAUGUUAGGGGCAAUAUUGAAGAGUUUUGCCAUGAAUAUUACACUGUGCAGUGCUAUUCAAGAGUUUAUGCAGGUGCCAUACAUCCUGUUCCUCAAACUGAGCUUGAACUUGAUAAUGAACACCCAUCAAUGUUGCCACCUCCUUUGAGGAGGCAACCAGGAAGGCUAGAAAGAGAGAUGAGAGUGAACCACCAGCAAGAGGAAGGAGGACAGCAACUCUCACUUGUGCUAGGUGCUUACAAACAGGCCACAAUAAGAGAACUUGUCAAUAUGCUGCUGUUGGGGUAACUAUACCUUUGCUUGCAUAUAAUGAAUCUAUUUUGACCUUUUUUACCUUUUUAUGUAUUUCUCUAAUUGCAGGCAAAUAUGGCUGCAAGUCAAAAGAAAAGAAAACACACUACUGCAUCAGGUGCGGGGACUUCAAGAGGGGUUAAUACUAAUCAAGUGGGAUCAAGUGGUGGACCAACUAUCUAAAGGAGCCUUUGGAAUAUCAAAUGAUCUUUUUGAGAAUGUUGUUAGUUGAUGGGAUAUAAUUUGUAUUGUAAUACCCGACUAGACUCCGGUAUCGGAAUUCCUACCGUCCGGUGGAAUCCCGGAUGUCGAAAACCUCUAGAAGGGUAA